AUGUCCUCUUCUGGUUCUCAAGUCGAGCAUUACGAUGUUAAUGUGGCGAUCAAGGCCGACGAGUCAGAACUGUCUGAAGAUGAAGAGGAGCACAGCACCUCACCCACCGUUAAAGCGACGCCAGAGGUUGGAACUACCCAUCAGCAGAGGCGGUCCGAGCACACCCACGGGGGAGAUCGAGAAGAGGAAGAGGAAGAAGAGAAAGAGCAGGAGGGGCAGGAGGAGGAGGGGGAGGGGGAGGGGGGGGUGGAGGUGGAGGGAGAGGAGGAGAGGGACGAAGAGCGGGAGCGGGAGCAGGAGCAGGAGGAGGAGGAGGAGGAGGAGGAGGAGGAGGAGGAGGAGGAGGAGGAGGAGGAGGUGAUAUUUCACGAGCUUUAG